AUGACAGAUGAUCUGGCCCUGCAGCCUGUCAUCUUUACUCUGUUCCUGUCCAUGUACCUAGUCACAGUGCUUGGGAACCUGCUCAAAAUCCUGACUGUCAGCUCUUACUCGCACCUCCACACCCCCAUAUACUUCCUCCUUUCCAACCUGUCCUUCACUGACAUGUGUUUCAGCACCACCGCAAUCCCCAAGAUGCUGGUAAAUAUCCAGAGACAGAGUAAGACCAUCAGUUACACAGGCUGCCUGAGGCAGAUUGGCUUUGUCCUGAUUUUCACUGCAUUGGAAAGCAGUCUCCUUGCUGUAAUGGCUUAUGACCACUAUGUGGCCAUCUGCUGUCCACUCAUGUAUUUGGUCAUCAUGAAUCCCCACUUCUGUGUCCUGCUGAUUCUUUUGUCCUUCUCCAUUAGCAUUGUGGAUGGCCUGUUGCACAGUCUGAUGAUGAAGGAGACGGUGUUCCACAGGGAGUUUCCAGUAAGGACGCCUGCUGCUUGUGUUACCAGCAUGUUUCAAAUGAUUAUUGUAAAACUUGAAAUACAGGAGGAGAACAUCAUGUUCACAGAAAUGCCCUCCCAUUCCUACUUAGUCUCCAUCAUUGGAGGUUUGGAAAAUCGUCUCCUUGCAAUGAUGGUCUGUGCUGUGGAUGCCCUCCUCUACACCCUGGUGGUACUGAAGCUGUCCUGCACAGACCUGGAGAUCCCCUGCUGCCUCUGUGAACUUGCUCAGAUGAUUAAACUCACCUGUUCUGACACCCUGGUCAAUGACAUUGUGGUUCAUUCUCCCCUCCCUGCAACAUGGGAGAUAGUUCUCUCACUGAGGUCAUUUUCUCAAAACCUUGAAUUAUCUGCUCAUUUUUGA